AUGAAAAACAGUCAAUUGUAUAUUUUAUGCUUUGGUACAACGUUGACAAGUAUUAAAAAUGAAUAUUUAAAAUGUAAAACAUUAUUUGAUUUCGAAGAAUUAGCUAAGAAAUCAAUGAUGUCACAUCGUUUUUAUUAUUAUGACUACAAAGCUGGUCAAGGACAUACAUAUCAAGCAUGUAGACAUUAUUUCGAUAAACAAUUAAGAAUUAUGCUAAGAGUUUUGAUGGAUGUUAGUGAAAUUUCAUUAAAAACAACUAUAUUUGGAUCGAUAUAUGAAUCACCAAUCCUAAUUGCUACAUCUGCUUGUCAUUGUCUUGCUCGUGUUGGUGGUGAAGUUGCCACAGCUCGUGCUGCAACUGAAACUCAAUGUAUUUUUACUUACAAUUGGACGUUUUCAAAUAUACCAGAAGAAAAAGUUCUACAAACACUCGAAAUCUUAGAACAAAUAGUUCCACAAGCUGAUAAAAAAGGAUAUCGAGCAACCGUUAUUAUAUGUGAUCAGCCACAUGAACGUAUUCGAGAUUUUGUAUUACCAUUAUUUGAAGAAGCAUCAAAGAAUAUUGAUUCAGAAUUAAUGAAGAAUAUGCCAAUACCAAAUUUGAAUAUAACUGUAACAUGGACAAAUAUUGAAUGGUUAAGAAAAUUGACACAAUUACCAAUUAUUUGCAAAGGUAUACUCUCACCAAUUGAUGCAAAAUCAGCAAUUAAAUAUGGAGCAAAUGGAAUUAUUAUCAGCAACCAUGGUGGUCGACUAACUGAUACAGCACCACCCGCUAUUCAAUGUCUGGAAGAUGUCGUCAAUGCUGUUGAUGGACGUGCAGAAGGUAAGUUUGUUUCAAUGACAAUUGAAAAAAAUCUUACAGAUUUUUAAACUGUCUUCUUAAGAUAUCAAAUCUUAGGCAGAAUAAAGUUUUUUAAAACGUCUCGACAUAGUUAAGAUGAGAAAAGUUAUCUAUCUGCUUCCUUUUUAGAAAGCUGUUGAUUUGGUUUAACUCUCUAUAUUGAUAGAGUAGCCCAAGCUUGCUAAAUCUUCUGAUUUGAUCAGGACACUUCUGACCGAAAAUCUCCUCAUUUCAGGAGUUGAUUUUUGUUUUUUUUUAAUAUUUGGCUGUUAGCAAUAUUUUGAAUCAAUAAAAGAAUUCAAAGAAAAAGAGAACUAUUGCAGAGUUUCAAAGAUAUAACAACCAACAAAAACACAUUGCUUUUUACAUCCUUUUACUCAAACUAAAGUCAUUAAUUACAAUUAUAUUAACUAAUCUUAUAUAAAGUAUUUGUUUAAACAGAGAUAGUAAGAAAAUAAUAUUAUAUGUGUAAUGUUUUGACGGACAAGGGUAGCAUUAUUAUUGAAGUAUCAAGCUCAUUAGAUAAAAAUCUUAUGACAAAAACUGAACCGCAAAUCGAUA